AUGGUCAACGCUGGCAUUGCACUUGUGGCUCUGGCCGGGCCAGCCUUUGCUGGCAUUCUGCCGAACAAGGGACAUGACGAGGGUCACUCUGGUCCAACUGCUCACCGUGACGAGCCUCACCGGGUCACCAGGACGAGAACUUUCUUGACCACAUCCUGCCCAAUUUCCCACUCGACAGUCACUUCUGGAACCAAGACUUUGACGGUUCCUAUCACUCUGACUGAGACAAUCACCGUGACCACCACUGACGUCUUUGACUUGAACCUCGAGACUCAAGUGGUCGUGCCCACUGGAACUGUGUCUAUCCACACUCUAGUUCCAACUUCUGUUCCCACUCAGAACGUGACUACUAUUUCGCCGCCUCCAUUUACGAUUAUCUCAACAGGUGUACCCAGCAACACUACUGUCGUCCCAACCCAGCCCCCUCCUUUCGCCAACAGCACCACUGUUCCAUCUGUUCCUACUCCGCCCGCUCCUUUCGCCAACAGCACCACUGUUCCAUCUGUUCCUACUCCGCCGGUUCCUGUUCCCCCUGGACAGCCUUCUGUUCCUGCCCAGCCUUCCGUUCCUGCCCAGCCUUCCGUUCCUGCCCAACCUUCCGUUCCUGCACAGCCUUCCGUUCCUGGUCAGCCUUCUGUUCCUGGUCAGCCUUCGGUUCCUGGUCAGCCUUCGGUUCCUGGUCAGCCUUCGGUUCCUGCCCAGCCUUCUGUUCCUGGUCAGCCUUCUGUUCCUGGCCAACCCUCUGUUCCCGGCCAGCCCUCUGUUCCAGCACAGCCCCCCGCUCCUCCAAGCCAGCCCACUGCUGUCCCACCGGUGCCGCCAGCUCAGCCUCCUGCCCAAGGCUCCGCUUCCCAGUUCGAGCCCGCCGCCGGUCUCCUGGCUGGUGUCGUGGGUAUCAUGCUCAUGCUUUAA